UUCUCAUCCAUCACUGGCACCGUGUCUCCAACGUGGAUGUGGCUGCCGGCUGCCACUUUCUUUCUCAACCACGGCGAUCCGCCACCAUCUCCAUUUGCACCAGCAGCGAGCCUUCUGCACCCCACGCGAUCCAUCGCCACCCCUGUUUCUCACUGUAGGGCGCGCCGGCCUCACUCCAACCUCCCCACUCCCCCGCUCUCCACCUUCGCCGGACCCCUCCUCGCUGACUUACCCCACAUGGCGAGGCAUGCCGUGAUGCCGUCGCCCGAGCUCCGACGACAACAUCCCUGUCCUCCUUGAUCUCAUGUUCUCAACCCCCAAUGCGCAGGAAGGAAGUGGUCGGCUGUUUGGGUGUUGCCGUUCCUUGCCAAGUGCCCGGCACGCAUCUAGUGUCCCACUCCAACCAAGCUCCACUCCACCUUAGUCAAGGCUUAGAAUGCCCUUUGUCGACCGGGAGGAGUCAUAGCAGCUUGCUCUGCAACUGCACUGUCAAAUCAGCAACCAUUAUCAUGUGGUAGCUUGGUGUUGGUACCAAUAUCAACCGGAUGAACAACAACGAGAGUGAAUCGAAAGAAGCUAAGGUUGCUUUUGUUUGGUUGUCAUGCCAAUUGGUGGUUGCCAUGUUGGUUGAUAGUUGCAUGUGCAAAUGAGGCUUCCCCCAAGUGAGUGACAUUGGUUUGUUGCAUUGGAAAUCCAAUUAACAAUGGGGAGCUUGUUGCAACUAUUGAAUGAAUGGGAGAUCCAACUGCUUGUGCUUCUCAGCUUCAUGCUACAAAUAUUCCUCUUUUUUACUGGUAGCCUUCGACAACGCGGCGCUAAGUUUCUUAGUGGCAUCAUUUGGAUAGCUUAUUUAGUGGCAGACAUGGUAGCAGUUUACACCCUUGGUUUACUCUCAAAACAAGCGGAAAACACCACCCAGCUGACAGCAAACCACCCACUAGCUUUCUUUUGGGCACCCUUCCUGCUGCUUCAUCUUGGUGGACAGGACACCAUCACUGCUUUUUCCUUGGAGGACAACAGUUUGUGGUUGAGGCAUUUGUUAAAUUUGAUAGUCCAAGUGGUCCUAGCCUUGUAUGUCUUCUGGAAGUCUACUGCUUGGCGAAAUGUGCAGAUUCUUGUUCCGGGCAUCUUUAUGUUUGUUGCUGGCAUCAUUAAGUACGGGGAGAGAACGAUGGCUCUCAUGUACGGUAACCUACAAAACAUCAGUGGCUACAAUAGUAAUGAAGAAGAAAAUAGGUUGACUCAUCCAGAAUUGGAGGAGGAUGCUAGGUACUCUAGCAUUAUUAGUUUUUCCUUGGAUUCAACUCCGAUAGUUCGACACUUAUUUGCUGGAUUUACACUCUUCCAGAUACCAGAAGGCUUCCAUGCAACAACUUGGACAAGCUAUGCUCGAUCACAUCAAGUCCAACAGGCCAAGUUGGCCAAGUUGGUUGAUGUUGAGCUAGGAAUCAUGUAUUGUGAUGUCUAUACAAAGGCUGCAGUGCUUCGGACAAGGAGCGGCAUCGUACUUCGGUGCACCUCUCAAGUAUCAGCUUUCCUUGCCCUUGUGCUCUUCUUCACAGUUGGCAACAAACAGAGGUACAAUAGAGUCGACAUUGCAAUCACAUACAUGUUAUUUAUGGGAUACUUUUUUCUGGAAGUUUGUGCAAUGUUUAUGAUGGUCAUUGUAUCACCUUGGACGUGGGCUUGGCUUAUGGCUAAGAAGUGGGUUCGGCUCACUCGCAUGUCCUGGACGCUUUUCUCCAGUAAUACUAUUGGGUGGCCAGAGGAGAAGAUGUUGUGGUCAAACAACAUGGGGCAGUACAAUUUUCUGAUCUAUGUGGGCUGCGAGGAAAAGCCAAGUACUCCGUCCAUGUCGGAACGAGUGAUGAGCAGGAUCAGGAAGAUGACAAAAGCAGUUGGUGCUGGAGAGGACAAGUUGUUUUGGUUAAGCAAGACAUUAGAUACGAAGUACGAGGAGGUGGAUGCGGAUAUCACAGAUAGCUUUCUGAGGGAGAUUGAAGUCAUUCUCCAAUCCCCUUUCGGAGGAGGACCGAGUAGGCUGUGGCAACAUCUCAGUGUGAAUAACAUGGCAAGGGAAUUUUCUAGAGAUUUUACUGCAGUCAUAAUCAAUUUGCAUAUAUCAACAAUAAUACACCUCAGUGAAGUUUCAAGUGUGGAUGUGGAAAUAGUUGCCUUGGUUGGUGUCUGCCGGAAACUAUCCAAUUAUAUGAUGUACCUCCUUGCUACACACCCUGUUAUGUUGCAGGUCACUGCAACCAGUGCCAAAUCAGUACUACAAGGUUUUCGUAAGAAGUUUAUGAUGAUGAUGACUGGCAGCAUCAGCAAGCCCGUGGUUCUACAAAAUCUCAAAGAGUUGAUAUCGAAGGAGGAUUCCAAGUUGUCUUUGCCCGAACCAUGCAAAGAAACACUGGAGGAGAUGAGAGAUAUGUGGGUGAGGAUCAUCAUGUAUGCCGCUGGCAGGUCGCGGCCAGAGACGCAUGCCAAACAGCUGGCCAGAGGACGGGAAUUCCUUACCUUCAUCUGGCUGCUCAUGGCACACAAAAAUCUUGGGUCUUCCACGUCCUUUCCAAUCGAACUUAUUAGCCCACCUCCUAAUUUUGGGCCUUACAGUGAUGUACGAAGUUACGCCUUUGAUUUUCGCCAAAAUUGACAGCAUAUAGAUGCCAUCAUCUGAGAUCGGUUCCUCAUGGCACAUAGUGAGAGCUCGGGGGCGACCUGUGCCGCAUGACCCAACUUCAUUUAUUAUCUUAUGUUCACACUUCCCUGCAAUCUUGCUGCUACUAAGCUUGAUGAUUUUGGAUGAUAUUCAAUCAUGCCUUAGUUAAUCAUGGCUACAUAGUUGUUAAUACGGCUACUUACUCAAAGUACUUGUUGGAUAAUUAGGCCAUUCAUGGUUAAUUCCAUAAUGUAAAUCAUGAUUAAAGCAAAUUAUUAGCAUGUGUA